CAUCGUGAUUGUUUAUUACCAUAGAAACAUGCUACUUGUUCAUGCUUGGUUAACUAACUUAACUGGCUUAUAAUCAUUUCAUUUCUAAAACUACAGCUUUAAAAUGCCUCGAGUCAAACCUACAACGAAAUUGGGAGUAUUUGGUGAAUAUGAUUUGAGCCCGGAGAAAGCAGUUAUGAAGAUUUUUGAAACAAAUUACAUAAAACUCCCAAAUUUUGAUGUGGCUCGUCUUAGUUUUGAGAUAAAAGGGAUUCAAAGUAACCAGGAAUGUGAAGAAGUCACUAGAGACCAACAUCGUAUGCGUACUCAUUGUCAUGUACAAUUUGAAGUAAACGAAAGACGCUUCAAUGAAUCAGAUAGACUUCUGUAUAUACUCUGGAAAGAUUUUCUGGCAGCCAACAAAUUUCUUAAGGUUUGCAAAACCAAGGAAAAUGAGUCGCAUGAUACUAUAAUUAAUGAAGAACAAAAUCAGUUGUAUCUGAAUGAAGAAAUUAACCACAUACAACUAGACAUAGAUGUUUUACAAGAUUUUGUUGCAAAAUAUAUACAAAAGAUUAAUAACUAUUCAUCGUUUGAGAUCGUUUUGACGAAUACAAUGAAUAUUGUUAGAAGAUAUGGCACUAUAGACGAUUUAAUGAAACGCUGUGACUCACUCCUUUUAGCUCAAGUGGACAUUUUGGAAAAAGAAAAACGAAAAACUCAAGAAAUCGAUAAACUUCGUGAAUCUUUAAUGGAAUGUCUAAAAACUGCUUCAUAUAUUAUAACUGGUUUGAAUAAUAAUUUGUCGGGAUUACAGGAGCGCCUUACAAGAUAUUGGGGAGAAAACGUAAAAUGGGAAAGAGCUAUCACAAUUGCCAAAAAUUACAUGGAAAUGAAUGAAAUGAAAUCAAACUGUAUACAGGAUUCAAUACAUCACCUGUUCAAUCUUAUACAAAAUCGACAUGGCCAAAUUCCUAAAUUUUUGCGUACUGAUGUUGAGAAACGAAUGGAUUUCAUUAAAGAAGAGGCAUGUACGAUGCAAGAAAUAAAAAAAAAGGCAUAUAGAAAGUUAGUGAAUGAAUAUCCUAGUUUGAUAGCAGAAAGGGGGUCAGAUUGAACAGUUAUUGAAAUGUUUUCGAUUUCCCACAGAACUUAAGAUUUCGGAUUCUAGUAAAACCAAAAUAAAAUUUAAAUGUGCAGAAUUGAGCUCAAAUUUUUAGAACAUAGUACAUAGAAAUUCGAUAUUAAUAGCAUGGCGAAUAGUGAGAGCUCUUUUAAAUUUUUUUAUAAAUACCAUUAUUUCAUUAUGCAAUAUAUACAAGUUUUUCUUCACCGUACCAUCCACAAUACAAAGUACUUUAAAACAAAUACAUUUCGAAUAUUAGUAUGUCGGUAUUCAUUAGU